AUGGCAAGCAAAACGGUAAGCGAUAAAGCAAAAUGGCGCAGAAGAAAAUUUCCUAAGACUGUUGAUGAAGAUAAUGACUGCGCGAGUCUUGCUUGGCUGCUGAACUUUCGUUUGGAUGAAUUUGUGAACGUCAAGGUACCAGAUGAUGAGCCUGAGGAGGCUCAGAGAGAAGUCAUAGAAGAUGCACCACCAGCUGCGAAAAAACCUCCGUAUACAUAUCCCGAGCUGAUAGAAAGAGCAUUGCGAGAAAAGGGUGAAUUGACUGUAUCUGCUAUAUAUCAAUGGAUUUCGGAUCGAUUUCCGUUCUAUAAAGCGAACGACGAGCGUUGGAAGAAUUCUGUGAGGCACAAUUUAUCUAUCAAUCCACAUUUCCGUAAGGGUGCCAGGGCUUCCCAGGGCGCUGGUCACCUUUGGUCUCUUGCAGCCAAUGCAAUAGAUCUACUGCCGCUACGUAACCAGACAUAUGAAAAGACUGACGUCCAAGAAACACAAAUAAUUGAAUGUCCCAAGGUAAUAGUUUUGGAUGAGGCCGCAAUAGCCGCAGCGAGUAUAAUGCCCGAUCAGGACUUAUUCACCGGUGGUACAAUGUUCCUUAAUCCUGUUUCUACGGAACAAGUGGUACGUGAAUGCGGUCUCAUCACAGGACUUUGA